ACAUUAAAUUAAAUGUUCUGUUUUUAAGUAUCUGUUUCUGUUUUCUCUUCAGGCGUUUCUUCAGAGAAUCAGGCAAAUUCCAGAUGACCAACAGUGUCUUUCACCUGAACACGUCAAGAUCCUGUUUUCCAACAUCGAGGACAUCCUGGAGUUGCACAGAAAGGUGCUUUCUGCUGUGGAGGCCGGCUUGCAGCCUGAACCUCAUCCUAACCAUUCGCUGGGCCACGUGUUCCUGCAGUUUAAGCAGAGCUUCUCAGUUUACGGCGAGUACUGCAGUAACCACGAGAAGGCUUUGCGACUUCUGAUGGAGCUCAACAAGAUUCCCAACAUACGGACCUUUCUACUGCACUGCAUGCUGUUGGGAGGAAAGAAGAGCACAGACAUUCCCCUGGAGGGUUACCUUCUCACUCCCAUCCAGAGAAUCUGCAAGUACCCUCUGCUGCUCAAGGAACUACUUAAAAGGACUCCUAAGAAGCAUGCAGACUACCCUGCUGUGGAGGAGGCUCUGCAGGCCAUGAAGGCCGUCUGCUCCAACAUCAACGAGACCAAGAGGCAGAUGGAGAAACUGGAGGCUCUGGAGCAGCUGCAGUCCCACAUCGAAGGCUGGGAGGGAACCAACCUGACUGAUAUCUGCACGGAGUUGCUCCUUCAUGGAAAUCUCCUGAAAAUCUCGGCGGGCAACAUCCAGGAACGCGUCUUCUUUCUGUUCGACAACCUUUUAGUUUACUGCAAAAGGAAGUCCAGAGUGUCUGGGAAGAAAUCCACCAAGAGGACCAAGUCCAUCAACGGGCCUCUCUAUGUGUUCAGAGGCCGGAUCAACACUGAGGUGAUGGAGGUGGAAAACGUGGAAGACGGAACAG